UCAACUCUCUACAUCUGUUAGAAACGGCGGCGAUUUUGUUUAUUUGUUCUUUUUAACAUGGUUAAAUAGCUGUAUUUUUUUCUCUACCAUCUUUUUGAAUGAGACAGAAGUAUUUCUCUCCCAAAACGAGCUGAUGGCUGUCAUGGAGAACUCAACCAGUGCCGUCCCUUACGAAUGGGAAUACUAUUACGAUUAUGUUGACGUGAUGGUAGAUGAGAGCAAGCUGAAAUACAAUAAAUACUCGAUUGUCAUCAUAUUCUGGAUCACUCUGGCUGCUUUUGUGGGAUUUCUCUUCCUCAGUUUGAAUCUGAUGUCUCUCAGUGGGAGCUUCCCGAGACUUGGCUCUGGUCACCAGACUCACAUGAGACAGGAAGAGCUCUGCUGAUGUGGCGCCACUCCACAACUCAGUGAUGUACAGCGACAGCAGAAACAGUCCUGCUUCUGGAAAGAAGAAAACAUGACGUUUAAUUUACUGACACGACAUCUUCCUGAAGGACGCACUCAGAGAAUUACUGUCUGGCUUUCCACAUACUUGCAGAGGAAAAAUAAACAUGGAUCUACUC